AUGAGCAACCCCUCCCUCCAGCCCACCCGCGAGCACUCCGAUGUCUCCUCCCAGGACCGACUCCCCGCCACCGCUGCCGCCCGCGCCGCCGAACUCGCCAGUCUUAAGGUAGGCCUGCGCGCGGCCCUGCGCCAGUUCCCCGACUUCCCGUCGCCGGGCAUCCUGUUCGAGGACAUCCUCCCGAUCUUCGCCAACCCCGCCACCCACGCCGACCUGCUCCGCGGCCUCGAGCUCCACCUCCUCGAACACUACGGCGACCACCAGAAGCCCGAUGUCAUCGUCGGCCUCGACGCCCGCGGCUUCUUGUUCGGCCCCUCGCUGGCCCUGCGCCUGGGCGCCGCCUUCGUGCCCGUGCGGAAGAAGGGCAAGCUGCCCGGCCCCGUCGAGACCCAGGGCUACGAGAAGGAGUACGGCACCGAUUACUUCCAGAUCCAGGCCGAUGCCGUGAAACCAGGCCAGAAAGUCGUCAUCGUCGACGAUAUCAUCGCCACCGGUGGAUCGGCCAGCGCGGCGGGAAGCCUGGUGCAGAAACUCGGCGGCGAUCUGCUGGGCUUCGUCUUCAUCCUCGAGCUAGACUUCCUCAAGGGGCGAGAAAAGCUGUCCGCGCCCGCCUACACCCUCCUCUCCUCCCAGCCAUCAUCGGGCAACUAA